UGCGCUUCGCGCAUCAGGCAUUUAAUCACUCCUCAAGUGAAGACUGCAGAUGGUGUUCUCUUUAACCAACACACCUUAAAGUUACAACAACACCUUGUGAAUAGGACUUACUUCAUGUUGAAGUCGGUGUGAAAAGAUGGAGCUAUUGUAUGCUGCUUUCGGAUACCUGGUUCUCUGCAUCUCCACCUGUGGUACACAAGCGGCAAGCUACCAAGGUCGGUACCUGACGUACAGUUCCACCGCCGUAUCAUGGAACACAGCCUACGCUACCUGCUCCACGAGUGGGGGUCAUCUCCUCACUGUGGACAACAACGUCACCAUCAACGCACUCAGCUACAUCCGUGCUCAGCCCGUGGCGGCAGCAAUUUCAAUAGACAUCUGGAUGGGAUUGCACAACACAGAAACAACCUCUGACGUCCCUGUGUACGUCUGGGCCGAUUGCAAACAUCUCGACGACAACACCGCCAUCUGGUAUCCCGGAGAGCCCAACAUUGUGACGCUUCACCGCUGCAUAAUUACCUCCCCUGAAUACGAGUGGAAGACCAGGGAUUGUACCGAAGCACACGCCUUCUUUUGUGAAAACGCUUUCAAAAGUGACUGUACCUUCGAAACAGCAGAUGAACAAACGUGCGAAAUGGGUGGUGUGCUCUUGGAAAGUGAGAUGGAGAACGACGCAUGCGCAACUCGAUGUCAAGAGGACAUGGACGGAAGUGACAUCUGUUGGGCGUAUGAAUACAACACGCAAUCAAAGCAGUGCAAACUUUUGUUUGGGUCUGACCCGUACAUGUGUGAGACACUGCAAGCGAAUAAGGGCUACGUCACAGGCAGAAGAAGAUGCUUCAAAUUUUCAGAUAUCACGGGGUCCGAGGUAAAAGGCGAAUAUUUUCCUACCUGCAACACAACAGAGGUGACAGCUUCACAAACAACAUCUAUUACAACAACGAGCGAUAAUACACCCUAUAUAACCACAACAACUGUCGCAGCUACUAGAUACACAUCGACAAAGGCAUCAGCAACACAAGACACGACAACUACGACAUCUCCAUCACUCGAAACAACAACAACAUCUGCACCUACAACAUCAGAUACAACAUCAACGCCAGAAACAACACGAGACACAACUAUGACAUCCACAACAUUCGAAACAACAACAACAACAACAACAUCUGCACCUACAACAUCAGAUACAGCAUCAACGCCAGAAACAACACGAGACACAACUAUGACAUCUCCAUCACUCGAAACAACAACAACAACAACAACAACAACAUCUGCACCUACAACAUCAGAUACAACAUCAACGCCAGAAACAUCACGAGACACAACUAUGACAUCUACAACAUUCGAAGCAUCAGCAACAUCAGCAGCUUCAACACCAGAUAUAACAGCAACAGCAGAAACAUUGGAAACAACAUUCUCAGCACCAGACAAGACAACAACGACAUCAUCACCCUUAGACGGCAAGGCUACGUCCCAAGCUACCGAUACCAUAAUAGCAUCAACGGCAUCAUCUCCAACGACUGAGACUAUACCUUCCACUGCAACCACGGCUACAAGAGACACUGACACUCCAACAUCUACCCAAGAUACAUCAACAGCUGCAUCUUCAGGUAAUUCGACCGGAGGAGUCUACACGCCUUCUCUCACAACCUACCUGUCUCGUCUUGAAGCCACUCUCGCCAGUUCCACGUCUGCCUCUUCCCCGGCAGUUGCCUCCCUUGGUAGGCAUGUCUACGAAGUCUGUGUGUCGGUGCAGACUUUCACCGCGGCAGAAAGAAAGAAGCGAACAGACGACAUGGUGGAUGACCUCUCUCUGGACAAGAAGAACCUCUCCUCGUAUCGGAGGAAGAAGUCCAGUGCGGAAGAUGAGCGUCCGUCCGCCCAGCACGUGGGAGGAGGGGUGGCCAUCAUGUUGCUUGUUACAGCGGCGCUCAUCAUCAUCUUGCCUGACUGCACGAGCAUCUUGAUGCACGCGGUGCAUGGCAUCAAGAAGAAGCAGCUCGUCGCUGCACAGCAGUAGGUGUGAUUAGACGACCUUGGAACUACAACAGACCGCCUCCGUGGUCUAGUGGUAGAGCGU